AUGGCUCUGCCGUUAGAACCCAUGGACGAGUCCAGGAUGUACCAGCAGAUGUUGCUCCAGGACGGCCUGUUCGACCUGCUGGAGAACGACAAGCUGGUUGACUGUGUGCUGAAAAUAAAAGACAAGGAGUUUCCCUGCCACCGGCUGGUCCUGUGCGCCUGCAGCUCUUACUUCCGCUCCAUCUUUCUGUCUGACCUGGAGGAGAGCAAAAAGAGAGAGAUUGUCUUGGAUGAUGUGGAGCCCGGCGUCAUGGGUCUGAUCCUCAAGUACCUGUACACCUCCAAAAUCAACGUGACAGAGCAGAACGUCCAGGACAUCUUCGCAGUGGCUAAUGUGUACCAGAUCCCUUCCAUUUUUACUGUUUGUGUGUCUUUCCUACAGAAGCGCCUGAGCCUCAGCAACUGCCUGGCUAUCUUCAGGCUCGGCCUGAUGCUGGACUGCCCACGGUUGGCAAUCUCUGCCCGAAACUACGCCUGCGAGCGCUUUCAGCUCAUCUCCAGAGAUGAGGAGUUCCUCCAGCUGUUACCCAGCGAGUUGGCAGCCAUUUUAGCAAACGACAAUCUGAACGUAGAGACAGAGGAGGCAGUGUUUGAGGCUUUGAUGAACUGGAUGUCCAGGGACACUGAGAGCAGAGAGAAAGAUCUGUCAGGUUUGCUGGAUUGCGUUCGUUUGCGUCUGGUCAACGAGGAUUACCUGAAGGAAAAAGUGGAGAAACACAAACUGAUCUCCUUUAACCCUGAGCUGCAGCAGAAACUCCAGCUGAUCAGGGACGCUCACGCCGGGAAAAUGCCGGAGGUUAAAAAAAUCAAAAAGGAGGACGGAGGAACAGAGAGAGAUGGGGAUAAUGAGGAUGAAGAGGAAGAGGAAGGUCUUCUACCCGGCAUCCUGAACGAUACUCUGCGAUUUGGCAUGUUUGUUAGGAACUUGAUACUGAUGGUGAAUGAGGCAGGUGCUGUGGCCUACGAUCCGGCUGGAAACGACUGCUUCGUUGCAUCACUUUCCACACAGGUUCCCAAGAACCACACCAGCCUGGUCACCAAGGAGAACCAGAUUUUUGCGGCAGGAGGAUUAUUCUUUGAUGAACAGAACAAAGAAGAUCCACUGUGCUCUUAUUUCCUACAGUAUGACCCGGCCAGUGCUGAUUGGCUGGGGAUGCCUCCCCUCCCAUCACCCCGCUUCCUGUUUGGCCUGGGUGAGGCUGAGAACUCCAUCUUUGUUUUGGGAGGGAGGGAACUGAAGGAGCAGGAGCAAACGCUGGACUCAGUUUUGGUCUAUGACCGACAAUCAUUCAAAUGGGGUGAAUCAGAGCCACUACCUUACCCGGUCUACGGACAUGCAACCAUAUCCCACAAUGAUGUUGUUUAUGUGAUUGGAGGAAAGGGAGACAGCAAGAGCUGUCUGAAGAAGAUGUGUGCAUAUGACGCCAGGAGAUUUGAGUGGAAGGAGCUUGCACCCAUGAAGGUUGCACGUUCUUUAUUUGGAGUCACUGUUCAUAAAGACAAAAUAUAUGUGGCGGCAGGAGUCACCGACACUGGGCUGUCAGACUCUGUGGAGGUGUACGACAUCGCUACAAACAAGUGGUCAGACUUUGUAGCGUUUCCCCAGGAGCGCAGCUCUCUCAACCUCGUGUCUUUGGCUGACUUGCUGUAUGCCGUGGGAGGUUUUGCCAUGAUACCUUUGGAGGACAGCGAAGAGAUUGUUCCCAGAGAGAUGAACGACAUCUGGAGGUUUGAUGAGACAGACAAGAAGUGGAAGGGGAUCCUCAAAGAGAUCCAGUACGCUUCAGGGGCCACUAUUCUGGGGGUCCGCCUCAACACCAUGCGUCUCACCAAGAUGUAAACCCCCUCUGGUCCCAGCUUAACAGAAAUCUGCUACAGCAUAGCAGUUCUGAUUAUGUAGCUAAAUGUACUU